AUGUCCGUUCAGACUAAAACGACAACUACUAUCAAUACUUCAUUGAAACAAUUUGAUAACGAAUUGUUUCAAUUAAUAAAAAAAGAACAGCAACGACAGCAAAAUGAAAUUAACUUGAUAGCUAGUGAAAACAUAAUACCGCGAUAUUGUUCAGAUGCUUUACGGUCUCCUUUAUCAAACAAAUAUUCUGAAGGCUUUGUAGGAAAACGAUAUUACGAAGGAAACAGGUUUAUAGAUCAAAUAGAACAACUGGCCAUCGAUCGCUCGUUGAAGGCGUUUUCACUUGACAAUAAAGACUGGGGUGUUGUUGUACAAAGUCUUUCGGGUACAAUAGCAAACAUAGCAGUUUACACAGCAAUGCUUAAACCUGGUGAUAAAAUUUUAUACAUGGCGUUGUCUCAUGGAGGACAUUUAAGUCACGGUUACAGACGCAAAAACAACAAUCUAACACUCGCAAGCCAGCAUUAUAAUUCCAUGCCGUAUUAUGUGGAUAAAGAAACUGAAGAAAUAGAUUAUGAAAAACUCGAACGUAAAGCUCUGGAAUACAAGCCUAAUAUAAUAAUUGCGGGAGCCUCUGCAUAUCCAAAACUGAUUGAUUAUAAAAGAUUUAGAUCUAUUUGUGAUAAGAUUGGUGCGAUUCUGUUAGUAGAUAUGGCUCACAUCGCUGGUCUAAUUGCAGCUCGGCUUAUUCCAUCUCCCUUUCCAUACGCUGACAUCGUCACAACUACUACACAUAAAACGUUACGUGGGCCGAGAGGUGCUUUAAUUUUCGUUCGCAAACCUUAUUACAACAAAAUCCAGAAAAGCGUGUUUCCAGGUUGUCAAGGAGGCCCUCACAAUCACUCUAUCGCAGCAAUAGCUGCAGCAAUGAAAGCUGCUGCCGAGCCAGAAUUCAAGGAAUAUCAAUCGAAUGUUUUAAAAAACAUGAAAGCAAUGAACGAUGAACUGAUUAACAAAGGAUAUAGAAUAACUUCUGGUGGCACGCAGAAUCACCAUUUGAUUGUCGACUUAUGUAAUAAAAACAUCGAUGGUAAACAAGCAUCAGUGCUCUUGAAUGCAGCUGGAAUAGUUUGCAACAUGAACACUGUGCCACGCGAUAAAUCUCCCUUGAAUCCGAGUGGAAUUCGAAUUGGAUCAGCCGCAAUGACCAGCAGAGGAAUGACCCAAAAGGACUUUGUCAACGUAACUUGCUUGAUUGAUAAAAUAAUUUCUAUUAAAAACAGCAUAUUUAGAAAAGAUGCAAAGCUGGAUGAAAUACGCGAAAAAUGCGCUAAAUCUCCAGAACUAACAGCAAUCAAAGAGUUUGUUCAGUCUUACGCUCAACAAUUCCCCGUCGUUGACACCGAUAAACUUUCCAGUUCUUAA